AUGGCUCGGGUUCUCGACAGCCGCGCCUUUAAAGAGACCCUUUUCGAAGCCGCCAGUCCAGGAAACAUCCUCUUCCACCCUCCCACCAAGGACACACCGACCGCCGCGUCAGACAGACAAGAAGUGGACAGCCAAGGCAAUGGCAGCGACGACCCCGUCCCGUUCCCCGUCGCCAUCGUAGGCAUGGCCAUGAGGCUGCCGGGCGGCGUCAACUCCGACACCGACUUCUGGGACUUCCUCGUCAACAAGCGCGACGGGCUGUGCCGGGUCCCGGAGUCGCGGUACAACGUGGACGCGUUCUACGACGAGCUGCGUCCGGGCGCCGUGCGCACCAAACACGGCUACUUCCUGCAGCGCGACAUCAGCCACCUCGACGCGUCGUUCUUCGCCAUGAGCAAGCUCGAAGCGGCGAAGCUGGACCCCCAGCAGAGACACCUGCUCGAGGUCGUGUGGGAGUGCAUGGAGAACGGCGGCCAGACGGGCUGGCGGGGCACCAAUAUCGGGCUGUACGUGGGCAGCUUCGGCGAGGACUGGCUGGAUCUGCUGGCGAAGGAUACGCAGCAUUUCGACCGGUACCGGGUGAUGAGCGCGGGGGACUUUGCGCUCGCGAACCGCGUCUCGUAUGAGUUUGAUUUGCGGGGCCCGAGUGUUGCUGUCAGGACGGGGUGCUCGUCGAGUAUGGUUGGGUUGCAUGAUGCUUGUCAGGCUUUGUAUGCUGGGGAUUGCUCCUCUGCGCUGGUCGCGGGGGUGAACCUGAUUAUGAGCCCGACUAUGACGGUCUCCAUGUCGGAGAAUAUGGUGCUGUCGCAGAGUGGGGUUUGCAGGACGUUUGAUGCUGCGGCGGAUGGCUAUGGGAGGGGAGAGGCGAUUAACGUCAUCUAUAUCAAGCCGUUGAAGGAUGCGUUGGAGAAUAGGGAUCCUAUCCGUGCAAUCAUCCGGUCCACGGCUGUUAACUGCGAUGGAAAGACGCCUAGUAUCACCACGCCGGGGUCUGAAGCACAGGAAAGGCUCGUACGGAGGGCAUAUGGACGAGCUGGUAUUCCCGAUGAGGAGAUCGGGAAGACUGCUUUCUUCGAGUGUCAUGGCACUGGGACGAUCGCGGGGGACACGGCCGAAGCAUCUGUUGUUGCGAACAUAUUUGGCCAGGAUGGGAUAUAUAUUGGUGCGGUUAAGCCGAACGUCGGUCACUCGGAGGGCGCCUCAGGCAUCACCAGCGUGAUCAAGUGCGUUCUCGCGCUGGAAAACCGCACGAUUCCUCCCAACGUUCACUUCAAAGACCCCAAUCCACGGAUUCCCUUCGAGGCUGCAAAGCUCCAGGUCCCGGUCGAGCCUCAACCAUGGCCACUACACAAAAGAGAGAGGAUCAGCGUCAAUUCGUUUGGGAUCGGUGGAACGAAUGCACAUCCCAGCUCAUACUUGAUUCCGCCCCGUUGUUACGCCACAAUGAUGUCCCUGCAAGAUCAAAAGCCAGCAGCGCCAAAAACCGCCACUUACUGGUGGUCUCGGCGAAUAGCAAAGAGUCAGGAACUGUCAAAGUCGAACAUAACAAGCCGCGUCGGGGAGCCGGAAUUCGCCCAGCCUUUAACUACUGCUAUUCAGAUUGCUCUGGUCAAUCUCCUGCACGGCUGGGGCAUUGUGCCAGAAUCAGUAGUGGGCCAUUCGAGCGGAGAAAUUGCAGCGGCUUAUGCAUCUGGGGCUCUACCCGCUUCCGUUGCGAUAAUCAUUGCAUACUUCCGUGGACAAGUGGCGAAGAAGCUCGCAGCCAGCCGUCCUGGCGCAAUGGCUGCUGUUGGGUUGGGUCCAGAGCAGGUGAGGCCAUAUUUACGAGAAGGAAUUAUGAUAGCCUGCGAAAAUAGUCCUGUCAGUGUGACGAUAUCAGGAGAUAAAGCUGUACUUGAUGCCGCCCUCGAGCAGAUACGGGAUGAACACCCUGAUAUCUUCUGCCGACGCCUGGCUGUCAAUGUCGCCUACCACUCUAACCACAUGAAAGACGUGUCGGAAGAAUACGAGAACGCAAUACGUCCUCUGAUAUCUCAAGACGAAUACAUGAUUCCUUUCUACUCAUCCGUCAUUGCGGCCCGCAUAAGUGAACCGCGCGAUCUGGAUACGGUAUACUGGGCGCAGAAUCUGCAGUGUCAAGUGCUUUUCAGUACCGCAGUUCAGAAAGCAAUCGACGCUGAUAAAACCCCCAAGUUACUCCUGGAGGUCGGGCCACAUUCGGCACUCCAUUCGCCUAUUCGCCAGAUCAUGAACUCUAGCAAGAACAAGGGCAAAAAAUGGGCGUACGUUGCCACUUUGCAGAGGAAUUCCGCCCAAUGGCACACUUUGCUAGAGACUGCUGGGCAAUUAUAUUCUCAUGGCACCUCUAUUCAGUUAUCGAAUUUGGUUCCUACGGGAAGAGUAUUAACCGAUCUACCGUCAUAUUCCUGGAAGCACGACGAGUCGUUCUGGGCCGAGACCCGCAUGGUGCAUGGAUGGAAAUUCCGCAAGUAUCCGCACCAUGAACUGUUAGGCUCUCGGGGACUCGAAUCCUCCGACGUGGAGCCAUCAUGGAGAUGUCUUCUACACCUAGACUAUGUGCCCUGGUUAGCCGACCAUAGAAUUGGCAGGGACAUUGUCUUCCCGUGUGCGGCCUACGUCGCAAUGGCUGGUGAGGCUAUUCGGCAAAUGACUGGCGUAGAGGACUACUCUAUUAGGAACCUGUUCAUGCGGACUGCCAUGAUACUCGACUCAUCAAGUACAACAGAGCUCUCAACCAAUCUCAGACCAGCUAAACUCGCAGAUAACAUUGAUUCGGUGUGGUACGAAUUUACAAUAAGUGCCUAUCAAAAUGGCACUUGGAGGAAGCACUGCAUGGGCCAGGUAAGGCCAGGACCAGACAGACCGUAUGAAACGGAGAAUAUUCAACCAUACUCGCGAUCUGUCGAUUCAGGAAAAUGGUACAACGCGUUGGACAAGCGCGGCAUGUCAUACGGGCCCCAGUUCCGCCGACUGCGUGAAAUAUCGGCGCAUCCGCUGGCGUUCGAGGCUGCGGCCACUGUCCAGGAUGAGGAAUCAUUCUACGGCAGUCGAUACGCACUCCAUCCUAUACUCAUCGACCAGGCCUUGCAGUUGCUCAGUGUGGCUGCAACAAACGGCAUUCCGCGCCGCAUGACGAGGUUAUGCAUCCCGAUCGGGUUGGAAAGUCUGCACGUCAACUUCGGGAGAGGUUCAAUGGUACUAGCUGUCUCUUGCGAUGGCGCCGGUGGCACUAUGUCCGGGGAUGCGACCCUUAACUAUGGAUCUGGUACUGCAUUGCGUCUGCAAAACGGCCACUUUUUCUCUACGCAGGAUCCUGAUGUCGGUAGGACGAAUCUGCCGCUGUUGUCAAGUCUCCGCUUUAGGCCACACAUCGAUUUCAUUCCCCCGAGAGAACAAAUCCCUGGCACGCAGACGCGUCUCACCUUUGGGAAAACGAUGGUCAGGAUGUUCAGCCUUUUCACGUGUGAUACAUACCAUCAAACCAAGUUUUUGGAUCCAGUGGAGCCUCAUCUCAAGAAGUAUCAGUCGUGGCUCCAAUCUCAACACGACCUCAUAUGCGCGAAUCACGCCAAUCUGGUGCCAGAAGUGUGGGAGUCAUGGACUUUAGACGAGAGUAGCCGCAGGAAGGCAAUUGAGGAGUACACAAACCUGUCCCCCGAGGCAACCGAGUAUCCUAUGUAUAUCCUAGCUAAAAGGGUGCACGAGUCUAUCCGUGGGAUUUUCGCAGGCGAAAUACAUCCAAUUGAGCUUCUCAUCAAAGAUGGCGGCCUGAAGGGUUUAUACUCAAUCAGUUCCCAGAUUUCCUCGUGGCACGAGUUCUUUGAAUCGCUAGGCCAUUCUAGGCCCGCUCUUCGGAUCCUGGAGAUCGGAGGUGGCACUGGCGGGGACACCUCCACCGCGCUCAAGGGUCUCGUGCCAGGGAGCGGUAAUAGAUUAUAUUCCAAAUACACGUUCACGGAUAUAUCGCCGGGGUUCUUGGCAGAAGCGAAGGACCGUUUCAAGUCUUAUCCGGAUAUGAACUUCGCUACUUUGGACAUCACGCGUGACCCCGUUGAGCAGGGGUUUGAGGCCGAGAAUUAUGACCUGGUUAUAUCUUCCAAUGUUCUCCAUGCGACACCGAGGCUUUCUGAGUCUCUGGCUAACGUCCGGAAGCUCCUGACUCGGGGCGGUCGGUUGUUUCUUAUCGAGCUGGCCGGUGAUGUCUUCAAGGUUGACUACAUAAUGGGUCUACUACCCGGUUGGUGGCUUGGGGAAGAAGAUGGUCGGGCUGAUCGACCAUAUGUCUCGACUCAACGGUGGCACAGUGAGCUAGUGAAAGAGGGAUUUACGGGCGUCGAAUGCUGUCGAUACGAUAACGAAGCCCCGUAUCAGCUCAGCGCGCACAUGGUCUCAAGGCUACUGCCACCGAAACUGGAAAAGGGCGAAGUAUUCCUGCUUUGCAGGUACAGGACCACGGAUUGGGCCCGGGAGCUUGGGCAUCAGCUUGAGCUAGCUGGCUAUGAGGUGUCUUAUUCGACCCUUGACCAGCCGCCGCCGCCGGGCUCUCACAUCAUAUCCCUAAUGGAUUUAGAAGGCCCGUUCUUCUUCGAUUUGACAAAGGAAGAUUUUGACCGGUUCCGUAGUUGGUUAUCACGCUGUACAACCAGCCGCCUUUUCUGGGUGACGCAGUCGAUCCAGUUGGGGUGCAGAGACCCUCGUUAUGGGCUGAUCUUGGGAGUUGCGCGAACUCUUCGACACGAGGUUACGCAGAACUUCGUCACGUUAGAGCUUGAUAAUGCUGACUCGAGGGCCCUGCAGCCGAUCAUCAGGGCAUAUGAAACAUUCCUAUCCCAGAUAGAGGACCCGGAUGCAAACCCCGAGUGUGAGUUUGUCGUGCAAAACGGUGUAAUCCAGGCUGGUCGAUAUGAGUGGAAGUCUCUGGAGCAGCCGCUGGAGUGGGCAGAGGGAAUCGCGGGAACGCGCAUGUUAGACAUUGGGACCUACGCGAUGCUCAGUUCCUUCAUGUGGACGUUAGCGGAUCUUGUUCCGGCUAAGGUCGAGGAAGGCCAUGUUGAAGUGGAUGUGAAAUACGUUGGGCUUAACUUUAGGGAUGUAAUGAUCGCGAUGGGUUUCAUGUCACACACUGGCGAGAUCGGCAUCGAAGGAAGCGGAAUCAUCCGUCGUGUCGGGCCUGGAGUCACGAGCCUUCGAGUCGGCGAUAAGGUGAUGUUAGCAGGCACGGGGCUCAUGUGUACACGCAGGAUACUACCCGCAGAUCGAUGCGUUCCCAUUCCACCCGAGCUUCCUCUGGAAGAGGCUGCCACCGUUAUUUGCGUCUAUGUGACCGUCAUGUACUCUCUACUGACCGUGGGAAAUCUUCGAAAAGGGCAGUCGGUCUUGAUCCACUCUGCAUGUGGUGGCGUAGGCCUGGCAGCUAUUCAAAUAUGUCGAGCAGUUGGGGCUGAAAUAUAUGCAACCGUGGGGUCACAGGAAAAGAUCCAGCAUCUCCAAAAAUUAGGGAUCCCGACCAACCACAUAUUCGACUCUCGCAGCGCGUCUUUCCUCCCGGACGUCAUGAAAAUGACGAAUAAUCGCGGUGUAGAUAUAGUCUUGAACUCGCUGUCGGGUGAGUUGCUUCAUGCGUCGUGGAAAUGCGUUGCGCAAUUCGGAAAGAUGCUGGAGCUGGGCAAGCGGGACUUUCUAGGCCAUGGUAAACUAGACAUGGAUUUGUUCGCUGGGAACAGAGCCUUUGUCGGAGUUGAUGUCCUGCAGCUCAUCAACGACAACGCCGAGGACCUGCGCGACUUAACCAAUCAGAUGCUCGCAUACUUCAACGAAGGCAAAGCGCAGCCGAUUAAACCCAUCACCGUGUACGAGGCUGGCGAUGUUGAGAAGGCAUUCCGAUAUAUGCAAAGCGGCCAGCAUAUGGGAAAGAUUGUGAUCAAAAUGCCGGAAGAGCCUUCCACCCUUGCAGUAACCCGGGCUCAUGAAACGACGCCUUACUUCUCCGCCGAGGCGUCGUAUCUGGUAGUCGGUGGGUUUGGUGGACUCGGCCGUGCCGUCGUGAAUUGGAUGGUGGAGAAGGGUGCCCGUCGCCUGGUUAUCCUCUGCCGAUCGGGCUCCAGUACUGCCAGAGCUGAGAGUGUCAUCCGCGACCUCCAGGAGCAAGGUUGUAGCGUCACUACAGUUGCUGGGGAUGUGGCGAAUAUUGAAGAUGUCCGUCGGGCUGAAAACGCAUCGCCGACGCCCAUUGCGGGUAUCAUAAAUUUGGCUAUGGUACUUAGAGACCAAGGAUUCCGCAACAUGUCGCACGAUGAAUGGACCCAAGCCCUCACCCCCAAGGUACAAGGCACCUGGAACCUUCAUCUUGUGUUUGAAAAUAAACCGCUCGAUUUCUUCGUGCUACUUGGAUCUGUCGCUGGCAUUAGCGGAUGGCCCGGUCAGACAAACUACGCGGGGGCCAACACAUUCCUGGACGCCUUUGCCGAAUACCGCCGGUCUAAAGGCCUCGUGGCAAGUGUAAUCGACCUGGGGCUCGUGCUAGGAAUUGGAUAUGUAUCAGAGAUGUCACAUCCUGGAACUAUGGAAGUUGCACGCUCUGGUUCCUUACAGCUGCUAGAAGAACAUCAUUUACUACAAGCGUUGGGAAUUGCUGUCUUUUCACAACGAUACCAUCUUCCUAGUCAGCUUAUUGUGGGCCUUGGCACGACAAGGCAUACAACCAGCGAUGAAAUGGCAUGGUCGUGGAUGCGCGAAGUCCGGUUCAGUGCAUGGAAUAACAUGCUAUCGAACGUCGCUGAUGGCCCGUCGGAGUCUCGAACUGAUGAACUCAGGGAGCAAAUGGACGCAAUUAAAAACAACCCUGCAAUCUUAGAUGAUCCCAAGACAGAGCAACGUCUAACCUCCGAGCUGGGAAAACUGAUCGCUUCCUACACGUCGCGUCCAGACGAUCUCAGCGGACAGGAUCUCGCCGACAUCGCAAUUGAUUCUCUAAUGACAUUUGAAAUCCGAACGUGGUUCCGUCGGAACGCUGGCAUUGAAAUUACGCUGGUAGAGGUCUCAUCCGCUGGUCGGGUGGGGGGAUUGAGUAAAAUCGCCUUGCAAAAGCUGCGAGAGAGAUACGGCCACCCUGCGGGUCCGAACACUCAAGCGGAUGCUCUUCCGCCAGCGCUAGAUGAGAAUCUUGACUUCCAGGAAGAUCUGGCAUUGGGCAGAGCUAUGCGGCCUAUCUCCAGGGAGUUUGUCGACUGGACUUCAGAAGUCGAAGGCAAGUUAUUCUUCACCGGGGCGACUGGUUUCCUCGGCUCGUCUCUUCUGGCUCGGCUCCUGUGCCUGCCACAAGUUAAGGCCGUUGCUUGCUUGGUCCGGGCCGAAUCCCCUGAAGCUGGGAUGGCACGGAUCAGAGAGGCGUUUUCCAUGUACGGCACAGCAAUGGAAUUCGAAUCCAAAAUUAUCGUCGUCCCUGGAGAGGUGUCCGCGAAGGGCUUGGGCAUAGAAGAAAAGCGAUACAAAGAACUGGCACAAUGGGCAAGUGUCAUCUACCACUUUGCCGGAUACUCGAAUUAUACGUUACCCUAUGCAAUCCAUCGCAGCACCAAUGUACUCGGGAUACUCGAGAUUCUUCGUUUCGCUAAUAGCGAGCGUCUGAAAUCUAUACAGUAUUGUUCCAGUAUGUCUGCCUGUGGUCUUGCGAAAGACGCCGAGACAGAAAUUGCGGAAGACGUGAGACCGACCCUUGAGGCGCACACUAUGAGGGAAACACUCGGCUACACGCAAAGCAAAUUCGUGGCGGAGAGUAUCUUCUGGGAUGCGAAAGACAAUGGCUUCCCUGUCACUAUAUAUCGUCCAGCCAUCGUCACCGGGCACAGUAUGACAGGCGCGUGCAGAAAGGACGACAUGGUAAAUCGUCUCAUGACCAACUGUAUACGACUGGGCUGCUACCCUCGACCCCCACCACAGCGAUGGCAGGUUGUCCCGGUGGAUUUCGUUACCUCUGUCAUAUCGCACAUAUCGGUAAAUGACUCAAACAUUGGCCACGCGUUCAACGUGCUCCAACCCGACCAAGAAAAGGUCAUCACCCUCGCGGAGGUGUUCCAAAUUUUAAGUCAACAUGCGCCGGCUCCGUUACGAAGUCUCUCAAAUACGGAAUGGGUGGGAGAAUUUACCAAGUUCAGCGACGCAAGCUGGAAUGUAACGACGCCCUUGGUUGUUGGGCAGCUUUCCCAGCACAUGCUGUCGUGGGCUGCUUUUGAGCACAUGUCACGUUACGAUACCAGCAAUCUUCGCCGCGCGCUGUCCGAUAACCCGAAGCUUUUGGGCCUCAAACCCAUGAAGGAGCUUCUUAAAGUGUAUUAUGACUGUUGGGCGGUGGGUAGUGAUAGUUAG